CAUUCUAGAUUUUUUUUUUUCGCUUGCCACCAGGAAAUCACGAUUGGCACACGUCGAGCAGUUAUCUAAACAUUUCGUUUCGCCGACUUACAGUCAUAUUAUGAUCUGCAUGUGACUGGCUUCACGAGGAAUCUCAACAAACUUUUGCAUAUGUCCACAUUGCAUUUUUGUUGCGAUAAAAAGUACGUUUCUUGAAACGCGACAAGCGCCGGGCUGAUCGAUCAAAUUUUAAGGUUAUUCGGCGCUGAGAACGCGGCUUGCUCGCAAGCAGUCAUUUCGUUCCCGAUAUAUUCCAGAGCUUGACAAGAUAAAUUAAAGCACAUCAGUCAUGAGAUUCUUGCUUGCAUUGCUGGGACUCUCAGUCCUUGCAUUCUUUGUCGCUUCAGCAGACUAUGACCGCUAUGUGGACUGCAAAGAUGGAUCGGUAUGGUAUGACGGCUGCAAUACCUGCUUUUGUUACAACCGGAUCGCCGCCUGCACGAAAAAAGCUUGUCCCCCAGGCAGGUGCGGAAAACCGUUGUGCAAGAAUGGCAGUAAAUGGAAGGCCGUCGGCGCCGACUGGUGCACCUGCGUUAAUAAGAAACCAAAAUGCACCAAGAAGCCAUGUCAACUUGGUGGAUAAAGCUCAACCAAAUGAAACUCGUUGGUGGAGGACCUUCAAUCCGCUGUUGACGAUUGCCAGACGCGACGUCAUCGAUGGUUUUGCUCUGCUCAUGCCACCCUCCCACUGCGUCAAUGGCGAUAUAGCCAAAACUUUUCUAACUAUUGCUGGUGUUGUCAUCGGUGGUGUAUUUAUAUAUUAUCGAGGGCACUUUAAUAUGUCAUCGGAGGUUAAGUUCUUUAAUGAAGUAUUUAAAAAUUCUUCUCGCAGCAAAUAGCCGAGCUUGAUGACUAUAUAAUCCAUCACGUAAAUGUCAAUACACAUUCAUAUGAAGAUUUCUAACAAAAAUGUACGAGCUUGCAUAACAGGUCCAUGACAUUUACUCUAUCAAUCAGGCAUUACCAUGUAUGUGUGAUUUUUCUUUAAUGUAUCUUGUAAAUAAAAAAUGCAGGAGU